AGAUCAAGGCCCUAGAGACCCCUAGUAGAUUAUUAAUGAAUAUGACUAAGUUCCAAGCCCUCUACAAGAGCCCUUGUCACAAUAUGGGAUGACACUUGAAGACACAUGCAUUCAGUUCACAAAAUUGCGGCUCUGCGAGCUGAAGUCCUGCAGAUCCAGUGUACUAGACCUUCGAUAGUCUGAGGCUGCCUACCAGUUCACCAGAACCAGCUAGUGGUGACGUCGAAUCAACUGCAUAGAUACAAUAUGUGAGAGCGGGGUUGGCGACAAAUAAUUCGGAUUGUGAUGUUGGCAGAUGACAGGCUACAUGGUGUUUCAGCUUGCUUCUCGUAACGACUAUUGCGAAAGAGGGAGAUCACAAGCCUGAUAGUAAUCGGCAAGAAGUAACCAUGCUAAAGGGAGUGCUUCUGAUAGACUACAACUGACUUAUAAAAGCCAUGCCGGUUGAUACUGCACGAUUAUUACUUCUCUAAGCUUCGAGCAACUUGUUAGCUUUCUCUGUGUUGUCGUUGACUAAUUAUCUACAACCUCGACCAUUUGGGUCUCGUUCACUUACCUUAAAUUUCACAAUGACUCAACAAUUCGAGUUUCAGUCACGCCUCAAGGUGAAUCUAAAGACUGCAGAUGGAUUCUACGACCAGGGCAUGGCCGUAACCCAAGGCAUCAUCAACUCCAGCUUCGAAGGCCUAUACAACAGGUACCCUGACCUGCAGAAGAUCGAAUGGGACAAUGAUGAAGCCGAGAUGAAGGCAGACUUGCUACCCUCGCGAAUUCUCAUCCCUGACAGCGUUGGGUUGAACCUGACAAAAGUGUAUCAUCAGAUUCGGUUUAGCAAAGGGACCCUGAAAAAGAAGGGGACCGUUCAACGAACAUACACCUUGGACGGCUGGAUGGUGUGUGUCGCCUGCGACCUAGACCAGCAGUUCAUCAACAGGAAGGCGGCAGACAAGGAAACGAAGACGGAGAAGGCACAACGCGAGUUCAUUGAAAACGAAUUCGACGUGCCGGGGGAUUAUCGCAUCGAACGUCUCUAUGCUAAGUUAACUUCCGCGAAUUGGAACAACUUCGAUAUGGAUAAUUCAGUAUUUCUCGAUUCAGACGGUAAAGUAAUGAAAUACGACGACUGGAAAGAUGAUGACGAUGCUGCUGCCUCUGCAUUUUCAAGUCUCUGUAGCUCCUGGGCUAGAGCUAUGAAUAAGAAGGGACUGACGACGCUGGGUAUCAAAGUCUCUCUACCUGACAAGGUUGCCAAGGAGCACCCUACAUUCACUCCCACCUCCAUGAUUCAUCAGAUCUACCCUUACCGAGAUAAGGAUGGUAAAUCCAGUACCGGCUUCACAACUCUCGGGAAUGCCAAUUGCCUUCUGUACCUUGAGAAGGUCGGGGGUGCCAAGCUACCUGACUCGAAACAAGUCGGCUUUUCAGGGAAUUUCUGCCAUCCUGCCUCAGGUCAGCUACCAGAGGUGAGCGGGUCAUUUCUCGUGACCCAACCGCUCUUCGUGGAGAAAUUCCUCCUAGAGCAGCUGCAGUCACUUAAUCAAGCAACGACUAUAUGGGUCGGGCCUCUAUACGGCAGUGCCAAUGGCUGGGGCUUCCCUUACGACUGCGGCCAUGACCCUGAUCACCAGUCAUAUACCAGCAGCGUCUUCCAGUUCCAGAAGAGUGCGGAUGGAAACAAGUAUACGUAUACGAGGAACAUUGACAAAUCGAAGGGGCCGGUAAACGAUCAGAACAUUGAUAACGGGAAGACGUGGUGGCAGUCGGAGCAUUGGAGCAAGGCCUCUUCAACAUUUACAUUAUCUCCCGGUACAGCAAAAAUGGAGCUCAAGGGAGAGUUCCAAUAUUGCCGCGGUAUCAAGAUCGCCAACAAUUCUUCCAUGUCGAAUCCCCAGCAUCACUCUCAUGAGCUGUACUCUGGAAAAUGGAACAUCGGAAUCACCAUGGUGACCGUGGACGGAGGAGUCGAGCUCGUCCUGGGCGAUUCGUCCAACAGCGACAACCCGAUGCACCUAGAGAUGACGGGAGAGAUGACGGAAUCCGAGUCUCUCAAAGCCUACCAUACCAACGAAACAGAGCUACGUGACGCCAUCGGCAAGAAUAUUAAACAGCGCAUGAAGGAGCUAGGAAAAUCCCUCACCAGUGGCGUCCAUAGCCCUGGGAGAUUCGUGUACUCUGGUGCUGGUCAGCUUGACUUUUCGAACCCUCUAUUUACCAACAAUGGAUCUGUGAUCGCUACGGUCACCUGGAAGCCUAUCCCUGCGGAGAAAAAGGUUCUCGUCAACCCCCUUAAGAAGGCGACGACAUCCACAUCGACUACGGCGCGGUAUGUGAGUCUGAAGAGUGCGAACAAUGUUAACAACCCGAUGAUUCCUCACCCAUCGAAGCUGGGCAAGCUUGUUGUGGCUUCCGAGUAGCGAAUGAAAGUGAUGCUGGGCAGUUAAUAGGUAAAGGUAGGAACGGGUCACGAGCGCACUUGAAGUCUCGAAACGCGGAUCUCGGUCUAAAGCAGGGGCCGAGUGAGGUGAGGCCCGAGAAACAGCAUAAGUGGGUAGUGAAGGGCAGUCCCUGGUUCGGCACAAGCUCGGGAGUGGAUUGGCUGAGUUGGGUCUUUCAUUGUGGUUAUGAUUCCCUGUAUUUGACACCUAAACAUGUGUCGUGAAUAUAGCCAAUACGGCUAUGGCGCGGGGUUGCAGUUAUAGCCUAUACAACCCUUCGCACUUCAAUGCAAAUCAAUCAGCCAAUAUGAUCAACUUCGCUCGCACGACCAAUCAUUGUCUUUGUAACCAGUUGUGAUCUAUGUGGCCCAUAUGAUCAAAGACGGUACAUGGUAAAUGUAGCCUUUGU